GUGAUGUUGAAUUGUACACAACUACACACUAAUAUUUUAACAUGCAAAAUCCCAAUAUUAUAAUCCCGGAUUGGAUCAGAACGCUAUAAACUAUUCCAUACAGAUCCAUUUCCAACCUAGAGAUCUUAUACCAAUUAAUACCCGGUUCGCAGAAACUUUGACAAAAACCAUAUUUUUGUCUUUCUGGGGUUUCGUCUGAAACCUUUAGGGCUUUAUGCGUUGUCGUUCUCCGAUGAAGCUUCUGAUGUGUAGGUGAUUUCUAGAACCAUCUUGGGUUUCUAAUUUUGGAAAGUUUUAAACAGACUAGUUGUGUUGGCGGGUAAGUUUCUGAAAAUGGAAAGUUCGAGAAACGUGAGGGCGGAAAAGAGAGGAUAUGAACAAGGUGUGGAUGUGGAUGGGGGUUAUGAUGAGACAGACCAUCGCAGUCAUGAAUCGAAGAGACCGAAACUGCCCGGUUUGGCAAGUGUGAUUGUGGAAUCCCUGAAGGUGGAUAGCUUGCAAAGACUUGCGUCAACUUUGGAGCCUAUGCUCCGCAGAAUUGUUAGUGAGGAAUUGGAGCGUGCUUUGACGAAAAUAGAACGUGUUGAACUGCCUGGAAGGUUUGUUCCAACCAAUAUAUCAUUAUUUAGAUGUCUUCAUCUUUAUGGUAGAAUUACCAAUAUAUUGUUCACAUUUUUCACAUAUGGCAGGUCUCCACCGCCCAGAAUAUUAGGCUCAGAAGAGAAAAAUCUUCAACUACAAUUUAAAACAAGAAUGCCACCACAUCUAUUCACAGGUGCAAAGGUUGAGGGAGAGCAAGGAGCAGCGAUUCAUGUUGUGUUGCUAGACUUAAGUAAAGGCUCUGUUGUACAAAUAGGACCAGAAGCAUCUGCAAAGCUCAAUAUUGUUGUACUGGAAGGUGACUUCAAUGAAGAAGUUGAGGAUGGUUGGACCAAAGAACAUUUUGAAAACCAUGAGGUAAAGGAGCGUGAGGGGAAAAGACCACUUCUGACAGGGGAUGUACAAGUUAUUCUUAAGGAAGGGGUGGGUACACUUGGAGAGCUUACUUUUACAGACAAUUCUAGCUGGAUAAGGAGUAGGAAAUUUAGGCUUGGAGUUAAGGUUGCCCCUGGAAACUGUGAAGGAAUUCGUAUUUGUGAAGCUAAAACAGAUGCUUUUUUGGUUAAAGAUCACAGGGGAGAAUUAUACAAGAAACAUUACCCACCGGCUUUGCAUGAUGAGGUGUGGAGAUUAGAUAGAAUAGCAAAGGAUGGAGCUCUACACAAGAAGCUGAUUAAGUCUGAGAUUGUAACUGUUGAAGACUUUCUCCGUCUUCUUGUUAAGGACCCGCAGAAAUUAAGAAGUAUCCUUGGGAGCGGUAUGUCCAACAGGAUGUGGGAAAACACCGUGGAGCAUGCAAAAACUUGUGUCUUGAGUGGAAAGCUCUAUGUUUACUACACUGAUGAAACUCAAACCAAGGGUGUUGUAUUCAACCAUAUUUAUGAACUCAGGGGCCUCAUUGCUGAUGGACAAUUUUUCUCCCUAGAAUCCCUUACUCACAGUCAAAAGGUUUCAGUGGAUACUCUGAUGAAGAGAGCAUAUGAUAAUUGGCAUCAAGUCGUAGAAUACAAUGGCAUGAUGGCUAUGACUGCACCUGUGGCAGUCGCUUCCCACAACAAUGCCUUAGAUCACCAUUCUGCAGCUAUUCAAGGCAGGCCGCAAUAUGACGCUGAUUUCGGUCAACAGUUUCGAAUAGAAAAUAACCACCCACCAGUCGUCCCUCAGUUUGUUCCAUUUGUGAGGUCUGAUCAAACAUCUUUGGUUAAAUUAAACAACCCACAAACAGCUUUACCUAGCACCACGGGUUACAUGUCACUUGGAGGUACAUCAAAUUUUUCAACAGAUUGGUCACGGCCAAAUUAUGGGAACGGGUUUGAGGACUUUAAUGUUGCUGAUGAAAUCCGGAUCAGGAGUUCAGAAAUGUUGGAGAGUGAUGACAUGCAGAGACUGUUAAUGAAGACAUUUAGUAUGGGAGUUGGAAUCGGAACAGGACCUAGUUUUGGUAAUUCUGAUGAAGCUUGUUAUAAUUAUAGUGUACAGUAUGAGCCUCGUGUAGGUCAAUCAGUGGGGAAAGAGCAUGGAAAAAGUUCAGGAAAAGCUGUUGUUGGAUGGCUUAAGCUCAAAGCUGCAUUAAGGUGGGGAAUAUUUGUUAGGAAGAGAGCUGCAGAACGGAGAGCUCAGCUUACACUUACAGAACUAGAUUGAAUGUAAUGCUUUGUUAUUAUCACAGCCUGUUUCAUCAUGGAAUGACUUGUGUUUUGAUGAUUUGAAAUUGUUAAUGCUUUGUUUGUUUCACAAGGGAAUGAAACCUAGGAAUUUAAAUAUAUAUUGGAAAUUUUUUAUCUUC